GCUCGUAGAGGUCCACGUAAAGUUUCGCGUGCAGUUUUGUGUCACAGAAACAAGUUACAAUUUCAAUCAGAAACCUGAGAUCUGAUUCUUUUUCAAAACUAUCCUUUUCACUUUUGUGUGGUACUUUGGCAGAAAACAUUAUUGGAUAACCUAUAAACGUCUGCAUCGAUCUCAGCAAGCUACACAUUUGUAAAAUAUACAUACAUUUUUGGAAGUUUGAAACAUAAGAGGAAGUGAUCUCAUAGCCUUGGACGUUUGUAGCAUGAAGUUGUACUGCAAACACACAGUUCUGGGUUCCAUCCUCAAGAAGGAUCUAGGCUAGUGCGCACACGAAUGGGCAAGGAACUGGGCUUAUAACCUAAAGGCGGCAGGUUCGAUUCCCGGAUAGGACACUGCCGCUGUACCAUUGAGCAAGGAGGGAUGGACAGCUCGGUGACCCUAUGGCAGUUCCUGCUUCAGCUCCUCCUGGACCCCAGCAAUGAUCAGCUGAUCUGCUGGACCAAUGAGGACGGAGAGUUCAAGCUACUGCAGGCGGAGGAGGUAGCCAGGCUGUGGGGCGCUCGCAAGAACAAGCCGAGCAUGAACUACGACAAGCUUAGCCGGGCCCUGCGAUAUUACUAUGACAAGAACAUCAUAAAGAAGGUGAACGGGCAGAAGUUUGUGUACCGCUUCGUCUCCUACCCCGACAUCCUCAGCGGGGACUUCGUGGCGAAGGUGGAGGGGGCCCGGGAGGCCGGAGGAGGGGUGGCGCUGCCCUCCUGUGAGCAGGGGGGCACCCCAAACGACGGGGGGGAGCGCCGGGCGGGGGAGAAGGCCGCCCAGCCAGGGGCCUUCCAGGGCUCCAACAAACCCUCCAGCCGCAACGACUACAUCAACUCGGGCCUGUACACCACCUUCACCCUCACCUCCCUGCAGGCCGGCGCCCAGCUCUUCAAGUCCAUCCGCGUGGAGGACCCGGGGCGCAAGCAGGCGGAGAAGAAGUCCGCCGUCGACCCCGCCCAGUCCGUCAUCAAAUUCGGCACUAUCCCACCGAAGCUGUCCCAGCUGGUCCUCCUGGAGGCUGCGCCUCAGGCCCCGCCCCAGAACAGGACACACCCACCCCAGCAGCCGUGCCCAGCCAAGGCCCCACCCUCGUACGGGACUCACACAGCAGAGCAGCUAUGCCCACCCAAGGCCCUGUCCCAGACUCCUCAGCAUCCGUACACAGAGGAGGAGGAGAAGAAAGAGGGGUCUCACACAGCAAAGACUGUGCCCAUCCUCUGCCUCUCUGGCCCCGCCCACUCUCUCCCCGACCAAUCUCCUUGCCAGAGCAUGGUUCCCGACUCCUCCCAGGAGCUGAUAAUCGACAGCGACAUGGAGUCCAUCUCCUCCCAGCCUUGUGAGCUGCAGCAAGUGCAGCAGGUGACCCACUCCUCUACUCUCCAGGACAUGGGGGGCUUGGAGCAGGAGGCCAAAAGCUCUUCGGACCAGAGCAGCCAGGAGAGCAUCCACAGCGGGAAGUCCAGGAAGCCGAAAGGCCUGGAGCUGACCCCCCCACUGCUGGUGACCAGCUCCGACUUCGGCACCAUGAACCUGGCCAGCCCCUCCCUCGCCUCCCUCAACCCCCUCACCCCUGCUUUCCUGUCGACCCCCACCUAUCUGCUCACACCGAGCCCCCUACUCUCCAACAUCCACUUCUGGAGCACGCUCAGUCCAGUGGCUCCUCUUAGCCCUGCCUGGAGACAGGCCACAUCCACUUUGUUCCAGUUUCCCUCGGUGCUGAACACACAGUUCCAGCUGCCCGUGUCCAGUGUGGACGGUUCCAACACCCCCGCACCCCUCUCGCCUGACUCCCAGAAGACGUAGGAGAGCACUUACUCCCCCUCCACCCUCCCGCUACACCACUUCCCAGCUUUGGCCUGCAAACCAAACCAGCCCCUCCCCUUCUCAGGCUGAGCACUGGAGGAGACUGGAAGAUUCUCUCUGCACCCCACCCCCCACCCCCACAAGAGACCGAGGGGGCGCUGGAUCUUCCUGCUGAAGGUCGGGUCAGCCCUUCAUCCUCUUAUGGAGUAUUUGGGGACAAAGCGACGAGCCAUGCCUUCGGCCCAGGCCAAUCAGACAAACACAUGUGUGCCUGUUUCCCAAGCCACUCCACACACAUUGGUGGCUGAUUAAGUCUUUCUUUUUCGCUGAAUUUCUGUUCUCUCUCUCUAAAUCAGCCAUUAUGGAAUAACCAGAACAGACUAGGUUCUAGGAGGUCACCAAGAUGCCUGGGAAAGCGCUUUCAGGUGGACCUAAUUUUUCUUUACUAUGGAAUCGGGACUUUCGGAUAGAAGACUUGGAAUGGCUGUCUUCAGUUGAUGGGGGAGGAAGGAGGGACGAUGUUGCCGGGCAUGAGCCGUUGUGCAUAUAGAAGCAUUUCCAUGGCAACAUCAGCUCCCCUCAAACUAAGGAUUGUGGGAAAGUGAGUUUUCUGCAACAGUGCCCAACUGUUUAUACUGGACAUAUUCCUGUUUACACAACAGAUUUUGUACAUUUUUUACUUGUGCUAGAGUGGGUUAAAUUAUCUGACUGGUGAGAACAGACAUUAAGGCUUUGAAAGUGGAUCAGUUGGUGUCUAAUUCAGAAUUAAGAAAAUAUUGAACAUUUAGAAAUGCAGUUUUUUUUUACUCGUACAAGUAUAUAGUACAUGCACAAAACGAAUCCCUCACCUAAAGAGGAUCACUGUGCUGUGCUGUCCAAAUUACAUUUCAGAAUUCGCUGCUUGUGUUGUAUUUUAUCUCAUUAGUUCAUCUCCGAUCUGCGUUGUGUGGGUGGUUGGCACUGCAAUACUUUGGUGAGUGAUCCGACAUACACUAAUUCAAACUUUGACAAGAACUAAAGUUUUUGUACAUUUAGGGCUCUUUUCAUGUAGCUUUGGGUAUGAAACAUUAUUCGCUGUCUGAUGAUGAUGUCAUAAUUGGUGGACAGCAUGGUUGCUAAGACCCCAAAAUAGCAUUUGUGCCUUAAACCUUUUUUUUAUCCGUUGGUCAUGCGUCAGCAAAUGUAGCAGAACAAUGUGUCUUUCUUCUCAGUGGUCUUCAGUAUAAUUUACUCUGACCUGCAUGGUGCUUAAUGUAAAGUUAAUUAAUUAAUUAAUUAAUUAAAUAUGAGGAAUAUUUGACAUCUGGACAUUGGAAUGAGAAAGGGGAGUCGGUGGACAUAGUAACAUAGGUAUUGUUUUAUCCUAAUUUUUGGUGAAGGUAAUCCUUUUGGAGUACGGUAUAUCCUGAAUAUUGCACGGCUGUGCAGCACAGAUCCAGCAAUUUUCACAUUGGCACAAGGUUGUGUUUCCUGUGCUCACAGUCAGCGUUUGGUUUCGUUCAACAGUUGAAAUUUACUCUAUGUAAAUAAAAUAACGCACACUGACAGGAAUUCCGGAUCAUGUGUAGGGAAGUUUCUGUCAGUAUCAGAAGCCGCCUGGUGGAACAUGUUGAUCGCCUUAUGAAAUAUUAUGUUUGCUGUUAAAUGAAGGUGCUGUGCAUGUGUGAUUUAGAUGUAUACCAUCGUAAUAUAGAUUACUACAGCUAGGGGGCAGUGUGCCGUGUGCAGUUAUAGCUUACAGUAUGUACUGCCUGUUGCAUUUGCAGAAAAACAACCGCAGCAUUUGUGACCAAAAAAUCCUACUGACUGCUGUCCGUAGGUAUAUGGACAGUGACACGAUCGGGGCACUAUAUAUAAAAAGUGGUGAAAUUCCUAUAUGGUUCACCCAAUGUGAAUUUUGAGCACCCUCAAAUUAAAGCUGACAGUCUGCACUUUAACCUCCUAUUCAUUGUUUUAUUUCAAAUCCAAUUUGCUGGAGUACAGACCCCAAACAAUAACAAUUGUGUCUCUGUCCAAAUACUUACCGCUUGCACCUUAUACGUCUGCUCGGUGUACGGACGGAGUGUAGCACAGUGGGUAAGGAACUGGACUUGUAACCGAAAGGUCGCAGGUUCGCUUCCCGGGUAGGACACUGCCGUUGUACCCUUGAGCAAGGUA